AUGUUACGACGACGCAUACUGAAUGCAGGCAAGAAUGAAAACGCUGGAAAUCAUAAAGCGAUACCUUUCUUUGAAAAUCAUGGUCCUUUCGAUCAAGAAACAGAUACGAGUGGCAUUGCAAAAUCAUCCUUGUCGUGCUCGCGAGAUACCACGCCGGUUUGGAAGGAUGAGGAGUAUGCAGGUAACCCAAGGAACCCUGCGUGGACAGACGAAAAUGACAUCAGUGAGCAUUUCUAUGAUGUAAUUGGCCAACCAUCUUGGGCAGCACUUUCUGAAGAUCCGGAUCACGAUGGCUACGGAGACAGUACGCGGCAUCACUAUCGAUAUCAUAAGAAGAAACGACUCAGUAUUAGUCCCAUUGGUGUUGCAUCUCAUGAUAUUGAGAAUUCCUUAAAGUUUAUAGAUUUCCAUCCGACUAAGCCGAUCUUAUUAUCGGCUGGUAUAUCCAAAACAUUAAAUAUUUUCCAGGUUAACAAAGAUGCAGUUAUUAAACUGCAAAAUAUUUAUUUUGAAAAUUAUCCGCUGCAAAUGGCUCUAUUUUCUAUGGAUGGCCGACAGAUAGUCUUAUCUUCAAGACAUAAGCCAUUGUGGUUUUAUGACCUUCAGUCAAACCGUACUUUAAAAAUUGGAAAACUGAUUGGAAAAUCUUUCAGUUCCAGCAAAGGCAUUUCGGUCUCUCCGGACAAUAAAUUGAUAGCCGUCAUAAGUGAUGAUGGCUACAUUAAACUUGUUUCAUACCAUACAAAGGAGCUUAUCGGCGAAUUAAAAAUGAAUGGAUCAGUUUGCGUAGCUAGUUUUUCGGAUGAUGGGUCCCAAUUAUAUGCCGGAGGAGGUGAUGGUGAAGUGUACGUUUGGGAUGUUGGUCAUCGCUCUUGCAUUCACAGAUUUGAGGAUGAAGGGUCUAUUUCCUGUUCAAGUAUCUGCAUUUCUCAAGACGGGAAGUACUUUGUUAGCGGGUAUGGAAAGCCUUUACGCAGUGUCGCAGAUAUUUUUCUAGCCAUAAAGACAGAUAUGUCGUUUCUGUUUUUUAAAUUAAUAGCCUAA